AUGUCUUACCAUUAUGGCCAGGGUGGAGUGCGACUUCCAGACGAUGAUAUUGAAAACGAUGUAACUUUACCGAGUGGAGUAGGUGGAGCAAAUCUAUCUAGCGGAAGUGGUUUAUCUCCAUACUCUAUCGCUGGUCAAGCUUCAGGUGCUCCUCCUGGCACAGUUCGAGUGAACAAGUAUGAAACUUCGAUGCCACUCCGACUUGAUAUUGCUGCUGCUCUUGCCUAUGCUCUAGGGCCGGUAACUGGAAUACUGUUUCUAAUAUUUGAAACCAAGAAUGAUUAUGUCAGAUUCCAUUCCUGGCAAUCAGCACUAGUUUUUGUUUCCAUCAUGGCUGUUCAUGCAUUUUUGGGACUGUUUUCUAGCACAAUGGCGUGGCUCAUAUUUGGCUUGGAAAUCACAUUAGCUCUAUGGCUAGGAUAUCAAGCAUAUGUUAAUUCCGACACGUUGGCUCGAUACCAAGUACCAUAUUUUGGUCCACUUGCAUCUACGUGGGUAGAUGCUGAAUAACAAACUACUACUUUAAGCAGAUUUGAUUUUCUUGCAUCUGUUUUGUCUGAACCAAGCUUAAUGGUUUAGCCAAUUAUGCUAUGACUAAAAUAAAUGGCGCAUAUUGAUAAUA